AUGUCGACAAAUCAUCGGUCAAUGCAGGACUACGAUCAGCUGGCCCACACUUCCACUCACUACGACUAUGGCACCUCAUCCUCCUCCUCAGCAGCAGCAGCAACCUCCAGUGCAAAGAACAACGGCAAGGUCAGCCUGGAUGACUUCAUCUACGAGCUCAAGCAGCGCAAUGAGGAGAUGGGCGACAGCAACCACUACCCCCACCUCAACGGCAGUGCCCACUACCCGAAUGGCGAUCUCGAAGUUCCCUCCUCAUCUUCCUCCUCCACCUCCGCCUACCUCAACGGCACCCGUGAUUCUAGUCAGACGAAUGGGCACCACAGUGGGAAACAGAAUGGCCAACCGAAUGGCAGCCACCACCACUACCCCACCUACGACACCCAGCACCUUCUGGGGCAACUGGCCCAAAAGGAAAAGGAUCUCGUGCUAGCGGCGGAGCUAGGCAAGGCGCUGCUCGAUCGCAACGAAGAGCUCACUCGCACCAAUGAACAGAUAAACGAGGAGUACACGCGCAACCUUGAGUCAGUCANGAAUGGGCACCACAGUGGGAAACAGAAUGGCCAACCGAAUGGCAGCCACCACCACUACCCCACCUACGACACCCAGCACCUUCUGGGGCAACUGGCCCAAAAGGAAAAGGAUCUCGUGUUAGCGGCGGAGCUGGGCAAGGCGCUGCUCGAUCGCAACGAAGAGCUCACUCGCACCAAUGAACAGAUAAAUGAGGAGUACACGCGCAACCUUGAGACCUCGCAGCGUGAAUCACUGCUAGAAAAGGAGAUCCAGUCGCUGAAGGAGCAGUACCAGGCAAGACGAACCAACGUCACCGACCACAUUGGACAACUUGAAGGUCUUCGGGAUGAGAUUAACCUGCUCAGCCGACGAAAACACGAGUUGGAAAGUAAAAUAUCCUCCCUGAACGAGGAGAAGGACUCUAUCUCGAUGUCACUUGACGAGUCGCAGUACCGCAUUCUUUCGCUGGAAAAGCAGCUGCACGAGAAAGACCACCUCAUUGGCAGUCAACAGAAGGAUCUUGAUGAGCUUAGGAGGCUAAACACACAGUACCAAAACCGCAUUGACAACUUUGCAAAGAUGCGAUCCUUUGAAGCCUACAAAAUGCAGGGCUCAUCUCUGUACAAUGAAAUUGAAAUGUCCUCACACUCCUCUGGUGACGACAUUCACCUACGCAAUUCGCCAAACUACUUCUCAGAAGAGGACAUUGACUCGUCGCCUGAUAAUAUGUGCUUUCAGUGUGCCAAGCACAAACAAGAACUGUUUGAUGCAUUCAACAAACUGAAGAGUCUGUACGAGGAGUUGUACAGGCGGAGGGUGGGCGAUUCGGCUGCAGCUGCAUCUGCAAGCCAGCUGAAUGUGGUAUCCUCCAACUCAAACCACGACAGCGGCAUUCAGGCCAACUUGAGCGGCAUUGAAGAGCUAAACUACGUCAUUUGUGAUAUUCAGGAGCUUAUUAAAAGUCUCGAUUUUAUGCAAUGCAUCACCUGUCAGGAGUUUAACAGCGAGCGAAGCGAACUGGAGAGAGUUCGCAAGGAGAACAGCAGCUACAAAGAUCAGGUGCAAAAGCUGAACGCCGAAGUGAUUCGCCUGACGGCCUCGUCGACACUGCUCGAGGCAGAGCUGACCACGCUGAAGGAGGAGAACACCGUCCUGAGAGGUGACGUCGAGGGCAUGGCCACACUGUCGCCCGAUGAAAUUGUCAAACGUGCCUGGAAGAUGCGCGACGACACCAUUGCCCGCAAGAAAACCGUUGAGAUUGAGCUGGCAAAGAUUCGCAUUGAGUUGAUGCACGUUAACAGUCAACUGCUGGAGACCAUUCAGCAGAAGGUUGAACUGUCACAACAGCUCGAACAGUGGCAGGUCGACAUGGAGCAGCUCAUUGAGGAGCAGUUGAAAAAUAAGCUGAGCUUACAAGAGAAGAGCAAAGAGACGGCGACGAGUGAGAGCCCCGUCAGGAAGGAGAGCAACCUCUUUGACCGAAUUCGCUUUCCCAAACUGCUCAGAUAG